CGCGUAUUAAAUAUAUAAACCGAUUGUUGUGUCGUGCCUCGCCGAGAAAACGACUAAACCGGUUCCACCAUGCAGGGCAGUCACAAUCCGAACAAUGAGAUUCGCAUCCCCAGCUUCACGUCAAUAUGCGGCGCCCACCGCCCGUGCGACAAGAGCAAGAUGCUUUACACCAGACCCAAACCCGAUGUGCUGCAGAGCAUCCUGCAGUCCAAGGCCAAUCCCGGAUACAAGUCGCGCCGCCUGUGGUACGAGCUGAACAUGCCGGAGUGCGCCAGCUCCCUGCUGGACGGGAAAAUGCAAUCCGACCUGCCCAACAGCAUCCUCUGUCCCAAGAAUCUGCCGGCCGCGAAACGGAAACAGAAACGUGACAGCGCGGUCUCCAAGACCAACUACAUGACGAUGCGCCUGGAACGAGAGCAUUUCCGGCGCAAGCUGGUCGAGUUGAUACUGCACAUGGACGAUGACCAGGAUCCAGAGUUGGCCGCUCAGGGUGCCAUACCCUUUCCGGAUCAGGAAGAGCGUGAAAUUUUGCGCUAUUACUACUACAUAAAGCACGGCAUCGACACCAUUCACGUUUCUCCGUUGAGCAAGAAGAUCCUUAAGAGAAUCACAGACCUUGUACCACCAUUACUUUACAAAUGGCAAACCGCUCUUAAUGAUAAUAUUGCCGAGGUGCGGUCGGAUUAUGUGUUUGCCAUGAAAAAGGCUGUGGUGGAUUUUGUCCUGCGUCACACUGUCCUGGAUCGAUUGACCAAGGAGGGAACUGGUGGCAAAUUCGAUACCGCCGAGCGGAGAGAGGUCAAGGCCAUGACUAACUUCUGGCGAUAUCGCUAUGAUGAGAAUCGCAACGUCCUGAUGAAAACGCUCUUCUGCAUACAUCGAAGUGUGGCCGGCAUCUUGGAGCUGUGGAGCAUGAAGUAUAAUGAUAAGUUCUUUAUCGAUACGAAAGAGAUUUCCAAAACCCAGACUCCCUUUACAUUAUUUGGAUUUGUGUACUUGUGUGGAUCCCACAUUGACCAAGGCAAGAGCAUGCUGGAGGAGAGCUGGUAUGGGGAGAUACAUUCCUCAUUGCUGAAGGCGAGCAAGCGUGGUCAGUUGCCGGACAUCCGUCGGUUUACGCUGGUGAAGCGCUUCUUUAACUGCGUGGCUGCCUUGAUGACGCAGCAGCUGGAGGAUAUAUGCAUUAGAAGUCUGAAGGCCUAUGCCGAUUUUAUUUGCGAUUACGGGCACUCGAAUCCUGGAUUCGAAAUUUCUGUGAUGCUGGCCGAUGAGGAUACUAUUCAGUUUAUUCCCAGCUUCUCUAAGGUUCAAUCCGAACUGCUUCGCGUCAUUGACAUGAUUAUAAUAAGCAUCCAACAAUUGCCGCGCAUCGAGAGCAAGCUCUACACAGAUCUGAUCGUGUCAAAGAAGCUCUUCCUCACACCCACGGUGCCGGAUAGCAUUGUCCAGGAGACAAAGAACCGGAUUUGCGCCAUGCUUGAGGAUCAGCGCAUCGGACCGGAGUUGAGACUGCAGGACUUUGAUCCUUUCAUCGAUUUGAUAAACGGCAUUGAUGCCGAACGGGUGGCCAAUUUUAUGGAGAGCGAUGCUACCUUCGAACAGUAUUCGGAAAUGGUGUAUGAGUACAGGGAUAAAGAGGAUCGCAUUGGCAAAGAAGUUUGGGCUGUGAUCCGGAUGGGUUUCUAUGAGUUUCACCGCGAGAAGUUCAUAACUCAUUUAGAAACUUUGGCCCGACAGUUGCAACUGGAUCUACUGGCCAGAAUGGUUGCCGAUCAGCAGGCGAGAAUCUCUCGAUUGGGUAAAGAGUACGAUGCCAUUGCCAAGAAGGCCUUAACUGUGCCCAAGGAUACGGCUGAACUGAUGGAACUGAAGGCCUAUGUAGUGCAUGCGGAGGAGAACCUUGUGCCUGAGAUGGAGGCCCGACUUAAGGUGAAUAUGGGUGAAAUCUUGUGGCUGAUGGAUCACACUCUGUACUCACCGCUGGAGAUCAAGAACAAUAGCAACUCCUUCCAGUGGUACCUGAAGCUUCCCUCGAUCUUUGAGCAGCACCGCGCAAUUAUAGCGGAGAAGGUGAUUGAGUACCAGGAGCUGCUGAAGAAGCGAAUCGAGCUCUUCCGCCGCGAACUCCAGACUUACUACGAACAGGUGCAGACCUACGACACCUGGGGCGACAUCAAGCAAUUGGCGCGGUAUAAAAAACGUGCCGGCGUGUUAGAUCAACGAUUGGUACAGGCUAUGGAGACCAUUGAUCAAAUUAACGAGGAAGAGACCUCCUAUGGCUGGGAUCUCUCGCAAUAUCCCAUGCGAAAGAAGGCCCACGAUCAGUUGAAGCCUUACAAAACCCUCUUCGAUGCUGGACAGGAUUUCAUGGACAAGUACGACCUGUGGAUGCACUCGCAAGUUGGAUCCUUUUUCCCCGAUGAGAUCGAUGGCGAUGUGGCAAACUUCUAUCGCGUUAUCCAGAAACUGGACAAACAGAUGGGUGAUCAUCCGACCACAAUGCAGCUGAUCCAAGAUGUCAAGGCCCAGAUAGAAGCCUUCCGCGAGCACAUGCCGAUCAUCAAUACGCUGGGCAAUCCGGGCAUGAAGGCUCGUCAUUGGGAGUUGGUGUCCGAAAUUAUUGGCUUCCCCAUCAAGGUGUCGCCAGAGCUGACGCUGGAGAAGAUAAUCGAGUAUCAGUUGGAUGAGUAUGUGCCCAAGUUUGAGGCUAUUUCAGAGAGUGCCACCAAAGAGAACAAUCUGGAAAGAGCCAUGGCUAAGAUGGUCAACGAAUGGGAGGGCGUUGAGUUCUCCGUUUCGCCAUACAGGGAUUCUGGUACAUACAAGUUGGCUGCCGUGGAUGACAUCCAAAUAUUGUUGGACGACCAAAUCAUCAAGACGCAGACGAUGAAGAGCUCACCCUACAUCAAGCCUUUCGAGGCAGAGAUUCUCAAGUGGGAGGCCAAGCUUAUGCUGCUGCAGGAGAUCCUGGAUGAGUGGUUGCGCGUGCAGGCCACCUGGAUGUAUUUGGAGCCCAUCUUCAGCAGCCCGGAUAUUCAGCAGCAGAUGCCAGAGGAGGGGCGUCGCUUCAGUGCCGUGGAUAAGAUCUGGAAGGAACUAAUGAAACAGGUGGCCUCCGAUCCGAAAGUAAUGGUUGUGGUCCAAAUUGACAAAAUGAACGACAAACUGAAGAAGGCCUACACCCUGUUGGAGAUUAUUCAGAAGGGUCUCAAUGCCUAUCUGGAGAAGAAGCGUCUAUACUUCCCACGUUUCUUCUUCCUCUCGAACGACGAAUUACUGGAGAUUCUGUCCGAGACCAAGGAUCCGACACGUGUCCAACCGCAUUUGAAGAAGUGCUUCGAGGGCAUCUCCACUUUAAAUUUCACAGAGGAACUGGAUGUGAUUGCAAUGCGUUCCUCGGAGCGCGAGGAAGUGGCCUUAGUGGACUCGAUCUCAACGUCAAAGGCCCGUGGACAAGUGGAGAAGUGGUUGCUGGAGUUGGAGAUCAGCAUGAAGAAGAGUUUACACCACAAGAUAGCGGAGGCCUUCUACAGCUACCUGAAGAUGGUGCGACAUGUUUGGGUGCUGACAUGGCCGGGUCAGACGGUUCAGUCCAUUUCGCUCACAUACUGGACUUUGGAGAUCACCGAGUGCUUCGAGAGCAACGAUCCCAAAGAGAACUUGGCCAAAUACUUGCAGAAAUGCAUCGCACAGAUCAACAAGAUUGUAGAUUUGGUGCGUGGCGAUUUAAACACUCAGAAUCGUAUCACUUUGGGCGCUUUGGUGGUGCUGGAUGUCCAUGCCCGUGAUGUGCUCGCUGAGAUUGUACAAAAUGGAGUGGAGGAUCUGCAGGACUUCCAGUGGUUGUGCCAGCUGCGUUAUUACUGGGAGGAUAAUAACCUGGACACGCGAAUGAUAAACUGUUCGCUGCCGUAUGGCUACGAGUAUUUGGGCAACACACCUCGAUUGGUGGUCACCCCGUUGACGGAUCGCUGUUAUCGCACAUUGUUCGCUGCCCUGAACUUGCAUUUGGGCGGUGCACCCGAGGGUCCGGCCGGAACUGGCAAGACUGAGACCACCAAGGAUCUGGCAAAGGCUGUGGCUAAGCAGUGCGUGGUAUUCAAUUGCUCAGAUGGUCUGGACUACCUGGCUCUGGGUAAGUUCUUUAAGGGAUUGGCCUCAUGCGGUGCCUGGUCUUGCUUCGACGAGUUCAACCGCAUUGAUCUGGAGGUGCUAUCUGUGGUGGCGCAGCAAAUUCUGACCAUUCAGCGGGGCAUCAACUCGGGCAGUCCCACUUUAAUCUUUGAGGGCACUACCCUUACAUUGGAUCCCACUUGUGCGGUGUUCAUCACCAUGAAUCCUGGCUACGCGGGACGUUCAGAGUUGCCUGAUAAUUUGAAGGCACUCUUCCGUUCAGUGGCCAUGAUGGUGCCAGAUUAUGCCCUAAUUUCCGAGAUUGAAUUGUACUCGUAUGGUUUCUUAACCGCCAAGCCGUUGUCCGUCAAGAUCGUGGCCACAUAUCGUCUGUGUUCGGAGCAGUUGAGCACACAGUGUCACUAUGAUUAUGGUAUGAGAGCUGUGAAAUCUGUGCUGAAGGCGGCGGGUGCUUUGAAGCUUCGUUAUCGGGAUGAAAAUGAGGAUAUAUUGGUCUUGCGCUCCAUUAAGGAUGUUAAUUUGCCCAAGUUCCUCAACCAGGACAUUCCCCUGUUCCAGGGCAUCACCUCCGAUUUGUUCCCUGGCACUGUUCUGCCGGAGGCUGAUUAUGUGCUCUUCAAUAAGUGCACACAGAUGGCAUGUGACAAACAGAAUAAACAGUGCACUCCUUUUGUCCUGGAGAAAGUGCAACAGCUUUAUGAGAUGAUUGUGGUGCGUCACGGGCUUAUGUUAGUGGGUUAUCCCUUUGGGGGUAAAUCAACUACCUAUCGCAUCCUAGCAGAUACUCUUGAAUGCAUGGAGAAGACGGAUGGAUCUGAAAACAAAGCUAUUUAUACAAUCAUCAAUCCUAAGGCCAUUACCAUGGGUCAGCUGUAUGGCCAAUUCGAUGCAGUGUCCCACGAAUGGAGUGAUGGUAUCCUGGCGGUGAACUAUCGUAUUUUUGCUGUCUCCGAUACACCAGAUCGAAAGUGGCUAAUAUUCGAUGGCCCCGUGGAUGCCAUUUAUGAGAAUAUGAACACUGUGCUGGAUGACAACAAGAAGCUGUGCCUUAUGUCCGGUGAGAUCAUUCAGUUGUCGAAUACCACUAAUUUGGUUUUCGAGCCCAUGGAUCUGGAAGUGGCCUCGCCAGCCACUGUCUCUAGGUGCGGCAUGAUCUAUCUGGAGCCGAGUUCUCUUGGUUGGGAACCGCUGGUGACCUCGUGGAAGAACACGCUACCCGCAGCCUUCCAUACGGUCAGCAAGCAACUGAUAUCGACUCUGAUCUCACGUUUUUGCCCCAUUCUAUUGUAUAUUGUGCGCAAGUGUCUGAAGGAAAUUGCACCCACAUCGGACGCCAAUCUAAUGGUCAGCUUGAUGAACUUCUUCGAGUGUUUCAUUGACGACUUUAAAGACGAAAAGUACGUGGCCAAUAUAUCCGAUUUGGAUUUUAGGGCCCAAACGGAGGGUAUAUUCCUGUUCUCUUGCAUUUGGUCAAUCGGCGGCGCCCUUGAUGCCGACAGCAGGGAUAAAUUUAACGUGGUUUUUAGAGCGCUAAUGGAGAAGACCUUUCCGCAAAAUCUCUACGAUACCUAUGGCGUUACGGAAGAUCUUUAUGUGGAAGCCUUGGCCAAGCCAUUUAUAUUCCCGAUACCGAAGCAGGGAUCAGUGUUCGAUUAUAGGUACAUUAAGGAGGGCAAGGGCAAGUGGAAGCCUUGGCAGGAUGAUGUUAAUUCCGCACCGCCGAUUCCCCGAGAUAUUCCCGUGAAUCAGAUCAUCAUACAGACCAAUGAAAGCGUUCGAAUCGCAGCCGUUUUGGAUCUUCUAGUGCGGCAUGGCAAGCCGCUAAUGUUGGUUGGACCCACCGGCACCGGCAAAAGUGUCUACAUCAUCGAUUACAUGCUGAAGAAGAUGGAUCUGACGAUCUUUAAGCCGCUCCUGAUCAGUUUCUCUGCUCAAACAUCGGCCAAUCAGACGCAGGACAUCAUUAUGUCCAAGCUGGAUAAGCGUCGCAAAGGUGUCUUUGGGCCACCGCUUAACAGUAGUUUUGUGAUCUUCGUGGAUGAUGUCUCUAUGCCGCUGAAGGAAAACUACGGUGCCCAGCCGCCCAUCGAACUUCUGCGCAUGAUGCUCGAUCACAUGAUGUGGUAUGAUCGGAAAAACAUAGUCCCAAUGAAGUUAAUUGACUUGCAGAUGAUCGUGGCCAUGGGACCGCCGUCAACAGGAAAUACGGUGACUCCUCGCUUCCAGCGCUUCUUCAAUGUGGUCGCCAUUGACGAUUUUAACAACGAUAUUAUGAACACAAUAUUUAGCAAAAUUGUUUUGUGGCAUCUGGACACUAGGGGCUUUUCCAAGGAGUUUGAUCCUUGCAUUGAAGAGAUCGUAGGCGCCACAUUGACCAUUUACAAUGACGCCAAACUGAAUCUGCUCCCCACCCCGGCCAAAUCCCACUAUUUAUUCAAUCUGCGUGACUUUUCGAGGGUGAUCCAGGGUGUCCUGUUGUCCGUACCGGAGGCCACCGAGGAUGUAAACUCGAUGCGACGCCUGUGGGUGCAUGAGGUGUUGCGAGUAUAUGGAGAUCGUCUGGUUGAGGAUGCGGAUCGUACCUGGCUCUUUGAGAACAUAUGCAGCACAGUGAAGAACUCCUUCAAUACCGAACCCAAUCGACUGUUUUCGGCCUUUGUGGAGAAGGAUAAAGCGUUGCAGGAAUCCGAUUUCCGCCGACUGAUCUACUGUGACUUUACCAAUCCGAAGGCGGACACCAAGAACUAUGUGGAGGUGCAGGAUCUGGAGGAGUUGCGCCGGGUGGUGGAGGCAUAUCUGGUGGAAUACAACAACAUGUCGAAGAAGCCCAUGAAUCUAGUGCUUUUCCGUUUCGCCAUCGAGCAUUUGUCGCGCAUAUGUCGCAUCAUUAAGCAGCCGAGGAGUCAUGCUCUGCUCAUCGGGGUCGGAGGCUCCGGACGCCAGAGCUUGACUCGAUUGGCUUCGCAUAUUUGCGACUAUGAGCUGUUCCAGGUGGAAAUCACACGAUUGUAUGGGCCGUACGAGUAUCACGAGGACAUCAAGGCGAUCCUACGCAAAAUUGGGGCAUCCGAGAUGCAUGGCGUGUUCCUCUUUACGGACGUACAGAUUAAAGACGAGUCCUUCCUGGAGGAUAUUAAUAAUCUGCUCAACUCUGGUGAGGUGCCGAAUCUCUUUACCAACGAGGAGAAGAUCGAAGUGGUGGAAAAGAUGGCACAGAUUGACAAGCAGAGGGACAAAGCUGUCCAAACCGAUGGCAGCCCAGUGGCUCUUUUUAACUUCUUUGUCACGACCUGCAAAGAUCAACUGCACAUUGUCCUUGCCAUGUCACCCAUUGGUGAUGCUCUGCGGAAUCGCAUCCGUAAAUUCCCUUCGAUAGUCAAUUGCUGCACAAUCGAUUGGUUCCAGCCUUGGCCGGAGGAUGCCCUGCUCGCCGUAUCCACAAGAUUCUUGGCCAGCGAGGAUCUCACUGCUCUGGAGCGUCGCACAGCUAUUGACAUGUGCAUGGAAUUUCACACAUCGACCCAGGCUCUGUCCGCGAGCUUCUUCUCGAGGUUACAUCGAUACAAUUAUGUGACGCCCACAUCGUAUUUGGAAUUGAUUCAGACCUUUAAGGCUUUACUUAGCCAAAAGAGAAACAACAUUACAAACAAUCGAAAUCGAUAUUUGACUGGCAUCUCCCAGCUGGAUAUUGCCGCCCAGCAAGUGGCCGUGAUGCAGGAGCAACUGAUUGCCUUGGAACCGAAGCUAAAAGAGGCAUCCGAGAUAGUGGCUGAGCAAGUGGCCAAGGUGACGGCGGAUAGCAAAUUGGCCGAGGAACAGCGAGAGAUUGUCAAGCUGGAUGAGAUGGCGGCCAAGGAGCAGGCGGCCGUGGCCCAAGAGAUCAAGGACGAGUGCGAUGCUAAGCUGGGCGAGGCUCUACCGAUUUUGGAGUCAGCUUUGGCUGCUUUGAACACCCUAACCACGGCGGAUAUAGCCGUGGUCAAGACCAUGAAGAGUCCACCCAUCGGUGUGAGAAUAGUCAUGGAGGCGGUGUGCAUCCUUAAAGAUGUUAAGCCCGAUAAGGUACCUAAUCCCAGUGGCGUGGGAACCGUUGAGGAUUACUGGGGACCGUCGAAGCGUGUGCUUAGCGACAUGAAGUUCCUGGAUAGCCUGCUUAACUUCGACAAGGAUAAUAUUCCGCCGGAGGUGAUGAAGAAGUUGGGACAGCGAAUUCUCAACAAUGAAGCGUUUGAUCCGGAUAAGAUUAAGACCGCCUCCACGGCCUGCGAGGGCCUGUGCAGGUGGGUCAUAGCUCUAACCAAAUACGAUGUGGUGGCCAAGGUGGUGGCACCCAAGAAGAUUGCUUUGGCCGAGGCCGAGGCCACAUACAAUGCGGCCAUGAAGACGCUGAACGAAAAACUGGCCCAGUUGGCCAGGGUAGAGGCCAAUCUGGCCGCAAUCCAAAAAAUACUCGACGAACAGCUGCGGCAAUAUGGCAUUUUGUUGGCGGAACACGAGGCCUGUACCAAGAAGUUGCAACGUGCCCAGGAGCUCAUCUCUGGCUUGGGUGGCGAGAGAACUCGAUGGUCGGAAACGGCCAAAAUGCUGCAGGCCAGCUUCAAGAGUGUAACUGGGGACGUGCUCAUUUCAUCGGGCGUCGUUGCUUAUUUGGGCCCCUUCACAAUCGAUUUUCGAGUGAAUCAAAUCCGCAAAUGGGUGACCAAGUGCCUGGAGUAUGGCGUAACCUGUUCGGCUGACUUCCAGCUAUCUGUUGUCCUGGGAGAACCAGUGGAAAUUCGUUUCUGGAACAUUUGCGGUCUGCCCACAGAUGCCUUCUCCAUUGAGAGUGCCAUUAUGAUGAAGAAUGCUCGUCGUUGGCCACUGAUGAUUGAUCCACAGGGACAGGCAAACAAAUGGAUUAAGAACUAUGAAAAGAACAACAAACUCUGUGUGAUUCGUCUUAAUCAGGCUGAUUACACGCGGGUCAUGGAGAAUGCCAUUCAAUUUGGUCUGCCCGUUCUGUUGGAGAACAUUGGCGAGGAGCUGGAUCUUUUAGAGUCGGUGCUGCUGAAACAACUAUUUAAACAGGGCGGAGCCCUUUGCAUCAAACUGGGCGACUCUGUCAUUGAGUAUAAUCAUAGCUUUAGAUUCUACAUGACAACAAAAUUGAGAAAUCCGCAUUAUCUGCCCGAGGUGGCAGUCAAGGUAACCUUGUUGAAUUUCAUGAUCACUACGCAGGGUUUGCAGGAUCAAUUGCUGGGCAUAACCGUGGCUCGAGAACGUCCCGAUUUGGAAGCGGAAAAGAAUAAUUUGAUUGUCCAGGGAGCGGAGAAUAAGCGGAUGUUAAAGGAGACUGAAGAUCAGAUAUUGGAAGUUCUGUCAUCCGCUGAAAAUAUUCUAGAGGAUGAGACGGCUGUACAGAUAUUGAGUUCGGCCAAGGCUUUGGCCAAUGACAUUAAUGAGAAGCAGGUCAUCACAGAGGCCACCGAAAAGCAGAUAGAUAUCGCACGUUUGAGUUAUGUUCCUAUAGCCGAACACUCUACCAUAUUGUUCUUUACCAUAGUGGAGCUGGCCAACAUCGAUCCCAUGUACCAGUACAGCUUGGUUUGGUUUGUCAACCUGUAUAUGUCAUCCAUAGAUAAUACGGAAAAGGUGGACGAUAUAGCGGCCCGGUUAUUGGACUUGCGGAAUCACUUCACCUACAGCCUGUACGUCAACAUCUGUCGCAGCCUCUUCGAGCGUGAUAAGCUGCUGUUUUCGCUCAUAUUGAACAUCAACCUGAUGAAGCAUGAAAAUAAGAUAGACAACGGCGAAUGGAUGUUCCUGUUGACAGGAGGCAUUGGUCUGGAGAAUCCACACAAGAAUCCCACCAGCUGGCUGGGCAUCCAAAACUGGGACGAGCUCUGUCGUCUCACCAAUUUGCCCAAUUUUAAGGGUUUACGCGAGGACUUUGGUAACAAUUCUGGCCAAUGGAAGACAUACUUUGAUUCACGGACGCCUCAUGAUAAUAACGAUGUACCGCCCGCUUGGAAAAAGCGACUCUCCGUAUUCCAGCAACUUGCUUUACGUGUCUUCCGUCCGGAUAAGUUGGUGCCGGCUGUGCUGAAUUUUGUUGCCGGUGAACUGGGUGCUCGGUUUGUUGAUCCACCACAGUUUGAUUUGAUGGCCUCGUUCGCUGACUCACACUGCUGUGUACCAUUGAUAUUUAUCCUGACCCCCGGCUCGGAUCCCACGGCUACGCUUUUGAAGUUCGCCGAGGAUCAGGGCUUUGGCACAAAUCGAUUAUUCUCGCUGUCGUUGGGUCAGGGGCAGGGCCCCAUUGCCAUGAAGAUGAUCGACGAGGGCGUCAAGUUGGGCAACUGGGUGGUGCUUCAGAAUUGUCAUUUGGCGGCCAGUUUUAUGCCAUCGCUGGAGAAGGUCUGUGAGAACCUCUUGCCGGAUUCCACGCAUCCGGACUUCCGGCUGUGGCUUACCUCGUAUCCGGCGGAACAUUUCCCGGUUGUGGUGCUGCAGAAUGGCAUCAAGAUGACCAACGAACCGCCCAAGGGUCUGCGCUCCAACAUUCUCCGCUCGAUGAUCAGUGAUCCGAUCAGUGAUCCCGAGUGGUACGAGUCCUACCAGCCCCGUAUUUUCAAGCAGCUCAUCUACUCGCUGUGCUUCUUCCAUGCGGUCACAGAGAGGCGAUACUUUGGCCCAAUCGGCUGGAAUAUUCCCUACGUUAACGAAACCGAUCUCCGUAUAUCCCUGAUGCAGCUGAGGAUGUUCCUUAACCAAUACGAGACUGUUAACUAUGAUGCUUUACGUUAUUUGACUGGAGAAUGUAAUUACGGUGGACGUGUGACGGACGAUUGGGAUCGACGGACAUUGAAAACUAUUCUGAAUCAGUAUUAUUGCCCGGAAAUUAUCGACCUGGAGAAGCCGCACUUCCUCGAUGAUUCCGGUCUGUACUAUGUGCCCGUGUUCAAGGAAGUGGAGCUGUAUUUGAACUACACGAGAGACCUGCCACAGAUCUCGGCGCCAGCAAUCUUUGGCUUCCAUGCAAAUGCGGAUAUAAUGAGGGAUCAAAAGGACGAUAUGUUGCUAUCGCACACUCUGCUAACACAGGAUACGAGUGCCACAUCCGAUGAUAGCGGCGGUGCCAAGGCGUACCCCGAAGAGGUGGUGACCAAUGUGGCCACCGAUAUUCUGGACAAGCUGCCCAAGCUGUUUGAUCGGGAUGCCGCCCUGCUCAAGUAUCCCACUCUACAUCAGAGCAUGAACACGGUCCUGGUGCAGGAGAUGGUGCGGUUUAAUGUCCUGCUGAAUACGAUUCGAACCAGUCUGAUCACAUUGCGGAAGGGAAUCAAGGGAUUGGUUGUAAUGUCAGCCGCUGUGGAGGCCGUAUACAAGUCUGUUCUGAUAGCCAAGAUACCUGCCAUGUGGGCGGGAAAAUCAUAUCCAAGUCUAAAGCCAUUGGGCAGUUAUAUUACCGAUUUUCUGCGACGCCUUGAGUUCCUACAGCAUUGGUUUGAUCAUGGAGCUCCCUCGACCUUUUGGCUAUCCGGUUUCUUCUUUACCCAAGCCUUCCUCACGGGAGCCCAGCAGAAUUAUGCUAGGAAGUACGUUAUAUCCAUAGAUUUGCUGGCCUUUGACUACGAGGUCCUGCAGCUAGAAGAAACCCAAAUUAAGGGAGUGGCGGCACCAGAGGAUGGGGUGUUCGUGUAUGGCAUCUUUCUGGAGGGUGCACGUUGGGAUCGAACCGGCAAGUAUCUGGCCGAAUCCCGUCCUCGGGAACUGUUCGAUACGAUGCCAUUGAUCCAUCUCAAGCCACUCAAGCGGGUUGAUCUGCCCGAGCGUCAUAAUUACCUGUGUCCCAUGUACAAGACAGCCGAGAGACGAGGUGUCCUGUCCACCACUGGGCACAGUACCAACUUCGUGGUCGCCAUGCUGCUGUUGUGCAAUCCCAACACACCGACCUCACAUUGGAUUAUUCGUGGCACGGCUUUGCUGUGUCAGCUGAGUUUCUAAUUGAAUUGUGACAUUACCCAACUGAUUUGAGUGUAUUUUUUAAAAAUUAUUGCGAGGCUAAAAUAAAUGUAG